ACAAGCGAAAAGCCAGCAUUUCUUUGUGUGCAUAUAUUGUUGUCAUUUGCAGUUCAACUUGAACUGUUCAAGUCGUUGAGGUGAAAGCAGUACAGCAAACUUUUGAAGACCUUGGCAAGAUUCCCUCCAGUCAGUAUUAGCAGCGUAAAAGGGGACCGGGCAUAGCAGAAAUGAGUAGAGAAAAUGGGGGUCACGAUCAACUCGCCGACGCUGCCAGCAGAUAUGCAUCAGUGGGUACAAGUCCUAUGACGAUACCUUGCACUUCGUCCGUCGGUACCAAUACUGGGACGGCCUCCGUAAAAAUUGAGGCAAAUGGCAAGGGGUCUCGAAACCUGUUUCCCGAACAAGUUCCCGAGCUCUUGAAUAUUAAGGACAAGGGGUCAAAUAUGUUACCAAUUACGGUGAAAAACGGGGAGGCCGGUGUCAUCAAUGGCAAGGGGGACAAUCAAGAAGGAAGCAACGUGAUUGUAGAUGAGCAGCAAUAUUUGGAUCUGAUUCGAAAAAUUCUGAACGAAGGAGCGAUUCGGGAUGACCGUACCGGGACAGGGACUAUUUCCAUUUUUGGGAGCCAGUUGAGAUUCAGUUUGAAGAAUGACGUGAUUCCACUACUGACCACGAAGCGUGUCUUUUGGCGAGGUGUGGUGGAAGAGCUGCUCUGGUUCAUUAAAGGAAGUACCAACGCUAAUGAGCUAAAUGAAAAGAAUGUCCACAUCUGGGAUGGGAAUUCGUCCAGAGAAUUUUUAGACAAUCAAGGAUUCACAGAUAGAGAGGAAGGUGACCUUGGCCCAGUUUACGGGUAUCAAUGGCGUCAUUUUGGGGCUGAAUACAAAACAAUGCACGAUGACUACUCUGGGCAAGGUGUUGACCAAUUGAAGGAGGUGAUUCGGAUGAUCAAAGAAGACCCAUACUCGAGGAGAAUUAUCAUGUCAGCUUGGAACCCUAGUGAUCUUCCACUCAUGGCACUUCCUCCAUGCCAUUGCUUUGUUCAGUUUUAUGUAAAUCCUGCAAAGAAGGAACUGAGCUGUCAAAUGUAUCAACGGUCGGCAGAUGUUGGGCUUGGUGUCCCAUUUAACAUUGCCAGUUACGCCUUGUUGACGAAACUGAUUGCUCAUGUCACUGGAUUGAUUCCGGCUGAGUUUGUCCACACGCUUGGUGAUGCUCAUGUGUAUUCCAACCAUGUCGAUGCCUUGAAAAUACAGCUUGAACGAGCUCCACGACCACUGCCUACCUUGAAAUUCAAACGCGAAAUUUCCGACAUUGAAAUGUUUACUGUCGAUGAUUUUAUCCUAGAAGGAUACAACCCUCAUGGAAAAAUCGAAAUGUCCAUGGCCGUUUAAAAUUCUAAUGUUUCACCAAACUAUUAAAAAGUGUCUUCAUUGAUCACUAAAAAAUAUUGUAUUCUUUAACUAUUUAAAUAUAGUCUUUAAUUUGAUAUCAAACUUUGUAUUAUCGUAAUGAAACGUUUUUUUAUUGAUACGUAAUAUUUAGUGUGCAUAUAAUAGAGUUGAUAAAAUUUCUCCUUCUUUCAAAUUACAUUGUUAAUGCGUCUCUUAUUAUGUAAGGGUUUUCAUAAUGUAUUCAUAAAAGUGAAAUCAGGACAAAAUAAGCAAGUAUUACAUCACUUGGCUUGAGCUAUUUGUGAACUUUAGAAUUUGAAGUAAUAAAGUUAUUGUCAAACAAGGAAGCUAAGUA